UACUCUUUGGGUGAAGAUUAAAUACUGUUGUCCAUUGUAUAUUUAGCCCUUACCUUAUACGCUACAGACUGUAGUCAUACUAACAAGCUACUACUAUGUACAUGACUACUUGUUAGCUGAAAUUGCACUGGGAUUUUACUGCCAAUGCAAAGGCAAUUAUUAAACCCAUUUUUUGGGGAGAUACAAAUACCCCACUUUACAAAGUAAGUUUAAUCAAGCUGACCGUACAAAGCUUUUAGAUGGUCAGAAAACCCUCAAUAACCAUGUUGCAAUGACAGAAGGACGAAGGAGCCCAAAUGUUUGGACAGCAAGGUGGGCACCUCUGCUUUUUAACAUAUCUGGAAGAGGAACAGGUUCCCCUGGAAAGAGCCAAAAUUUUAUGGGUACUACCCAAGGCAAGAUGUGGGUAUCAAGUGUAAAGUUGGCUGCUGAUGCUUACUUGGUAUGUCUUCAUCAUGCAUUGACAACAGAAAAAGAAGAGGUUAUGGGGCUUCUGGUUGGUCAGUUCAGUGAGGGAAGUGAUGUUACAUGUGAUAUCCAUUCGGCAGUGACAUUAAGACGAUCUGACAAAAGGAAAGAUAGAGUGGAAAUAUCUCCAGAAAUGUUAAUUGAGGCUCAGCAGCGAGCAGAACAAAUGUCAGCUACAAGUGGUUUGCAGCUUCACAUUGUUGGGUGGUACCAUUCACAUCCUCACAUUACAGUUUGGCCUUCUGAUAUAGAUUUGCAAACACAGGCGGGAUACCAGCAGAUGGACAACAGAUUUGUUGGCCUUAUUUUUUCAGUUUAUAAUGAGGAUCCAAAAACUAAGAUGGGAAAUCAUCAAGUAACCUGCUUCCAAGCUACUAAUCAAAGUCCUGAAGGAGAACCACCUCAAUAUGUCCGAUUGUCAGUACCACUAGAAAUAACGCCCACUCCAUCACUUGAAGUUAAUAAUCAGGAUGCUCUAGAAAAUCUUUGUGCAACUCUGUUUGAAGAGCAGAGAGAAGUUCUUGAAGCAUCUCGUGAGCUAGCAGACAAGCAACCUUUGGACCACCUACACAAUGCUGCAGUGAUGGUUCGUAGUGUUUGUGGUUUGAGCAGCUCUGUUCUUGGCCCCUUGGUAUCAACAGUAGAAGACCGAACACAGCGAAUGCACAUCAUGACACAGAUUCUUAAGCAGGAAGCAGAUUAUUUAAGAAAAAAAUUGAAAGACAAAAAAAUAUCUGCAUCAGUUAUGGGAUGAAAGGCUUUUUGAUCUAAGAUAGUCAGAUUGUGUUAAGCAGUAAUGAUAACUUAAUAUUUUUUGUCCUUCAACCCUAUAGUGUUUAUUUUUGUGAUUGGAUAUAUGACUUGUAAAGAUAUUGAUGGUAUUCAGAAUGACAUAAAAAGGCUCUAGAAAACAUUGUAAUUCUGUGGAAUGAGAUAAUCAUAUGUUCUAGUAUUUAGUAAAUUUUGUAUGAUCAUCUCUAGGAAAAAAUUGUAAAUGAGUUACACAAUGAGAAAUACUGACAGAAAACUAAGGAAAAUAUGGUAAAAUUUUUUCAUGAUUUGGUUUUAUCCAACCUUUCAUUUUUUAUACAAAACAGUUUUCAUUUAUCUUUCCAUAGUGUGCUUGAAGAAAAAUUUAAUUAAUUUCUGUUUUGGCCAUAUUUAAAUGGAUUUUGUUUUUAUAAAUUUGACAGACUGCUGUAGUACUGUAUUUAUAUAAAAAGGUUUUUGUCA